AUGUCGACCGAGACCGAGGGUACUUUCGAGGUGGCAGAUGCCAGCCUCCAUACCAAGACCUGGACUCCCGAAGGUCCCAUCAAAGCAUAUUUGGUGCAUGUCCAUGGCUUCAGCGAUCAUGUCAAUUGGUACAAUGACGUAUAUCGAAUCGUAGCUUCGCAUGGCAUACAAGUAUUUGGCUUCGAUCAAAGAGGUUGGGGCCGAAGUGUGAAGCAGCCCUCCGACAAGGGAAAUACUGGUCCAACAUCACGCGUCAUUGCAGAUAUCGCCGCUUUUAUUGAGAGCAAACUGCCUUCGGAUGUCCCGGUCUUUGUUCUGGGCCACUCUAUGGGCGGCGGCGAGGUCAUCACACUUGCUGCUGACCCUCAAUAUGCCAAACUCGUGAGCCAAGUUCGCGGCUGGUUGCUCGAGGCACCAUUCAUCGGAUUCGCCCCUGAGGAAGUCCCAAGUUCGUUCAAGGUCUUUGCAGGGCGACUAGCUGGUAAAAUCCUUCCCAAGUUUCAGCUCAAACACGUACUCGAUGUUGCCAACCUGACGCGAAGGCCAGAGGUGGCCAAGGGUUUCAAAGAAGAUCCUCUGUGCCACGAUACAGGCACACUGGAAGGGUUGGCCUCGCUCCUGGAUCGCACAGGAGCUCUUCAGUCAGGUUCCGUGAAGCUGGGUAAAGAGGUCAGGUCGCUUUGGCUUGGCCAUGGCGACCACGAUAAAGCGUGCAGCUACCAGGCGGCCAUAGAUUUCGCCCAGAAACAAGAUAUCGAGGACAAGACCGUCAAGACGUACGUGGGGGGUUAUCAUGCGCUACAUGUCGACCUGUGCCAGGAGGAAUAUGCCAAAGAUAUCACUGACUGGAUCUUGGAAAGGAGCAGCCAAGACCAGAAACCGAUCGAGGCCAAGCUAUAG